AGGCCCCCCGCGGCCGCAGCCGCUGCCCGGGGCCGGGCGCCCGCGGCGGCACCAUGAGUCCCCGCUCGUGCCUGCGUUCGCUGCGCCUCCUGGUCUUCGCUGUCUUCUCGGCCGCCGCGAGCAACUGGCUGUACCUGGCCAAGCUGUCCUCGGUGGGGAGCAUCUCAGAGGAGGAGACGUGCGAGAAGCUCAAGGGCCUGAUCCAGAGGCAGGUGCAGAUGUGCAAGCGGAACCUGGAGGUGAUGGACUCGGUGCGCCGCGGCGCUCAGCUCGCCAUUGAGGAGUGCCAGUACCAGUUCCGGAACCGGCGCUGGAACUGCUCCACGCUCGACUCCCUGCCUGUCUUCGGCAAGGUGGUGACACAAGGGACUCGGGAGGCGGCCUUCGUGUACGCCAUCUCUUCAGCAGGUGUGGCCUUUGCGGUGACGCGGGCGUGCAGCAGUGGGGAGCUGGAGAAGUGUGGCUGUGACCGGACGGUGCACGGGGUCAGCCCGCAGGGCUUCCAGUGGUCGGGAUGCUCGGACAACAUCGCCUACGGCGUGGCCUUCUCCCAGUCCUUCGUGGACGUGCGGGAGAGAAGCAAGGGGGCCUCGUCCAGCCGCGCCCUCAUGAACCUCCACAACAACGAGGCUGGCAGGAAGGCUAUCCUGACACACAUGCGGGUGGAGUGCAAGUGCCACGGGGUGUCGGGCUCCUGUGAGGUAAAGACGUGCUGGCGAGCCGUGCCGCCCUUCCGCCAGGUGGGCCACGCACUGAAGGAGAAGUUCGACGGCGCCACGGAGGUGGAGCCGCGCCGCGUGGGCUCCUCCAGGGCGCUGGUGCCGCGCAACGCACAGUUCAAGCCGCACACAGACGAGGACCUGGUGUAUUUAGAGCCCAGCCCGGACUUCUGUGAGCAGGACAUGCGCAGCGGCGUGCUGGGCACGCGGGGCCGCACGUGCAACAAGACGUCCAAGGCCAUCGACGGCUGCGAGCUGCUGUGCUGCGGCCGCGGCUUCCACACAGCGCAGGUGGAGCUGGCUGAGCGCUGCAGCUGCAAGUUCCACUGGUGCUGCUUUGUCAAGUGCCGCCAGUGCCAGCGGCUGGUGGAGCUACACACGUGCCGGUGACCGUGGCGGCCCACCGGUGACCACCCUGCGGCCCGCCGAAGGCCGGUAAUUUAAACAGCCCCCCGCACCUACCCCAAAAGAUACUGGUUGUAUUUUUUGUUUUGGUUUGGUUUUUGGGUCCUCAUGUUAUUUAUUGCUGAAACCAGGCGGGCGGCCCCAAGGGCACCAGCCAGGGCCUCUCCAAAGCCUGGGCCUUCGUGGCUGCCACUGACCAAAGGGACCUUGCUCGUGCCUCUGGCUGUCCACAUGCGGCCGCUGCCGACCACGUGGGUGUUAGCCCUGUUUUUCUACUUGCAGACUUGAGCAGGGUAACAAGGAGUGUUCGCCACGUGCCCCCUGACCCUGCCAUCUAGGGAAGGACGUGGCCCUAAGGCAGGGGGAAACCGGCGCCAUCUUGAUGAACUUGCACCCCUAUACAUACACACCCAACCCCUGGCAGCUUCAGCCUAGUAGCCUUGUCUCUCGAGUACCCCGGACAAGGGAAUGGGCAGGCACCAGCUCAAGGGCAAAGGGUUCGCUUCAGCCCCCCAUGAGCAGCUGGAGGUUCAGUCUCUGUGGGACCUUCCAGGCAGGAAGAGCAGGUGAGACAAGAGCCAGAGAAGGCUCCAGUCCCGCCCCGGAGCCCAGCCCCGCCCCGCCCCCCAGCCUCCCCAUCAAAGAGGGGAAGGCACUCCUCCCUGGUCCCUCCCAGGCAGGAGCACCAGCUGUCAUCCUGGAUCAGAGGCCCCAGCCAGGCCUUGGCAGGGACACCUCCACAUGUGUCUCCUCACGGUGCCGCUCCUCGGUAAGAUGAAGAAUGGAAAUCGCACACGCAGAGGCACUGGCCAGUGAAAAAGCCUUUCCCCACCCAUUACUUUCCUCAGUGAACCACAUUUCCUGAGCAAAUAGUACGUGCUGGGCCCUACCCUGGGCCAUCCCAUGGGAUGGUCACACUCCUGGCACACGCAGACAGACAUGCUUGUGCCCGUCUUACAGCACAGGGGACAGUGUUCAGCCACGUACCAGAGCGAGCUGGCUGCAGAGGCACAGCCAGAAGAGCCCUGCAACCAAGGCUCCUCUGGGACACCUAACCCCAAGGCCCAGGAACUGCAGGUCUCCUUGGGUCUGAGCCUCGGGGAGGGGGCACCAGCUGGAGGAAGAGGGGCCAGAAAGCAGCAGAAGCCACAGACUACGGGCUGGGCCUAGCAGCCACAGGGUUCCAAACCACACAACAGGCUCUGAGGUAAGUGGUGCACAGCUGGAGGGCUGACGAAGUGAGGUGUCAGCAGCUGAGGCACCCUGCCCCCAGGUACCCUGGACACUGAAGAAGAGUCCCCCAGAGAAAGCACCAGCAGCCCGGGCCUGGCCCUGUGCCGGAACCAAACCGGCAGGAGCACAGACCAAAGUUCUGUGAGCAGGACAUGCACACAGCAAGACGUGGCCUGACCCCGCUGCUGCUCCCAACCACCAGAGGAGCUUGCCGGAGGCCCAGUCUCCAAGCUGCCCCCUUAAUGGGGCUCCAGGCUCCUGGUUUGAGGUCUUGGGCUUGGGAUCCCCACUGGCGAUUCUCAGACCCCAAGCUCUUGGCUCCAGGAUUCCAUGUCUGAAUUCAGAGUCCCAGAUUGAGAAUACAGGCUCCGGCCUGUAGAAACUCUCCUCCAGGCCUUGUGGUUUGUGCCUCCUGGUGUUGGCUCCCUCACUGAGAGAGGGUCAACACCCUUGGCCCCCAGCCAAGCUCCCUGCUCAAUGUCCAUCCAAGAAGAAGGCCAAAACCAAGUGAGAUGCUGCAGCCACACUGGAAUGAGGGGUAAUCUUGGGGCGGGCAGGCUCUGAUGUGGAUGAAAGCUAAGCCCACUAAGUGUCCCCACAGCGGCCCAGCUGGGCUCACUGCUCCUCUGGCAGGCUCUGUUCAGCUGUCUGCUCAGUGCCAGGGAAAAUGCUAUCCCUCACUGGCAGAGGCCAGAUCCAGACAAAGGAAGCAGGGGAGACCCUCCCCCUCUGGAGACAGGACAGAGCCACUCUCCCCCAUUCCCGAAUCCUGUCGCCAGAACCAGGGGACUGGUAGAUCCAGGAUGGAUGCUGGUAUUAUGGACACUGCCCCAGGAAGAAGUGAGAGGGUCUGUGUCCGUUCAUAGACUUCACCUUUCCACCUGCCCGGGGGCUCUCUCAAAGCUGACCAGCCUGCGGUUCUCAAGGUUAUGACCUCUGUAAAGUAAGACUAGAUUCUAGGAAGCUCUGCCCAGCCCUACUGCCACCACCACCAGCACCCCAAAGGCCAAAGGGACCCACAGCCGCAGGAAAAUGGAGCUUCCUUGGACACACCUAGCUCCAAACUGUCCCAAAUAAAGAGGAGAAACCAGCACUUGCCUGAUGUAGCCCACCCACUCUGGAAGCUGGCCAGAGGAUCCAAGUCCUGCCCGAAACCCUCUCCACUAGUCUCCAUAAGACAAAGGUGAUGUCCUCUGAGGCCUAGGGCUGGAUCAGCCCCAGCUCUGGAUGCUGCUACUCCCUCUGCUGCCCAACCCCAUCUUCUAAUUUUUAUACUAGGCCCCUUGCCAUUGUGACAUCCCCAUGAAAUAGUCUGAUGCACGAUAAAAUGAUUAUUUCUUUAUCUUGCAGUUGUGAAAGUGCCUUUGUUUGCAGAAAAGGGAGGAGAGAGACGUGGGGAAGGACAUGGGAAAAGCAGAUAAACAGUUCAUAGUCUAGAUAUGGGGACCCUCCUGGCCUUCUUUCCUUCUGAGUAACUGGUCUGAUGGCCACAUGAGAAGGAGCCACCUGCAUGCUGUCUGGAAUCCCCCUUUAACACACGAGGCUCUACCUGCACUUCCUUGAGCCAUGAUCAGCUAGUUAAGCCCUGGCCUGAGCUAAGGCCUCAAAACCCUUCCUGAGCACUGAUACAGAGGAGGAACAAAGACAAUGACAGAGGAGGGUCUGGUGAAGUGAGAGCCAACUGAGAAGGUAGGGAACAAAUCAAAAAGAACUUAGUUCCUGCCCAAGGACACAGGAAUCCAAGGCCUGUGGCUAGAAGUCCACUCCAGAAUUGAAGCCUGGUCAGGAUGAGAAGUCUGGAUGGAAAACUCCAUGUAACCCAAGUCAGAGCUGAUGGGAAGACCCAAAGUGACUUCUCAGGAACUUCAGUCUAGCGACGUCCUCACCCUUACACCAAGGGGGCCAUGGCCUGUCCUCCCGAGCCCCCACCCCUCUGCAGCCAAUUCACAUGUCUGGGAGCAAUUAGGCUACUAUAUGCUCGCUUUCCAAAGGUUUAGUGGAGUAUAAAAGGGCUGAAGCAAGUGCUUUCAAGACAGCAGAAGUACACACAGAUUUGUGAAGAACUGGGGAAGGGGAUAACGGAGGGAGGGAAGGGUCUAGAGUGUGGAUGGAGAGAAAAGGACACCUCAUCCCCAAAUCAGGGUCAAGGCACAGAGAAAAGAACUGGCGAUAGGGGUCCAUGAUGGCCGAGCAAAGAUCCAUACCCAACCAUUUCCUACAACUGUGAAAAGGACUCAGGCUUUGCAAUCAAACAGACAUGGGUUGGAAUCCCAGUGCUGCCACUUCUUCACUAUAUGGAAAAUUGAAUAACUCACUGUCCUUCUCUGGGACUGAUUUUCUUAAUUUGUAAUAUGGGGCUGCGCCCCCUGCCCCAACUUCACGUGGGGCUAAACAAUAAAAGAACCA